UCAGUGGGUAAUGGCUUUUCCAAAUAGCCCUCAGGAAGUUCAUAGUUUAUAUUUUGUACGUCUAUGAUGGUGUCUGCUGUAUGUAACUCGUAUAUAGACAAAAUCUUCUAUGAGUGUUGGUUCUGCAUACAGAGCCCCUUUCAUUGUUUAGUUUCAGGAGCUCUUCUGGCAUACUGCAGUUGUAGUUGAGGUUCCACGCCAAUUUUGUUUGAUUUUGGGUAAAAUUGGAAGCGAGUGCUUGUCAAAAGGUUAAGCUACAUCUUUGUGUCAAGACUUGAAUGUGGAUUCAACUAGCACAGUGGUUUCACAGCAAUUCUUGCUGAAACCAAGAUUGCAAUAUCUGGCAGCAUAUGGAGAAUGUGGCGCUGAAGUUUGCCAAGAAGGUAAGAAAUGACCUGCCGUUGUGGGAGUCACUCUUGUACUGCCUGAAGUUGGCAGAAUCUCAGCUCUUGAUACAUCUUCUGGAUCUUUCGCUCUGGCGUAGAUAGAGCUGAACUCUAUAGUCAUUAUCUUUUUGAGAGUCGUCGUUUCCGUGGCGUGAGUCGCCUUAGGAGUAACAAGUUACCCAGAAAGGUUACAUGGCCAAUGUAGGAUCUUCCUUGGUACACAGAUACAGUCUUACUCUGCUGUCGUCUGCAGUCAAAUAGCAUCUAAACGAAGUGGAUUCCUGAAUGAUCAGAAGGUAACACAGUCUAUUCUGUCCAUUUUUAAGCAAACUUUUAGCUACCUUAACCCAAUCAGGGCUGUAUUUUCAAAGAAAUGAACCAGUAUGCCCAUUCAUAAAACCCUACAGGAUUUGAGGAGACUAUGUUAAACAAAGAAUAUAGUCAGCGUGAAUCGUAGAUAACAAGCAAACACAGAGACAAAGAUAGCGUUCACUUGGUAAUAAUUCCUUAUCAUCUGACAGACAAAGACAAGUGAACUUAUCAGCUCAAAGAUUCCUAUAUUGUGGCGACACCUGGAGAUCUGACACGGUGUCAUAACGGCGAUAAGAUCAUGAGGAUUAAGGAGAGAUUACUUGAACUAAAGUUUUCUCAGAUUAUGGGGGUCCCAUAGCUUAUUCCCCCCAUUUAUAUUAACGAUCCUUAGGCUCCAUAUACUCGAGUCCUAACACGUAUAGCUGAACCUCUACUGUAGAGGUGUAAUAUUUUCAAACUUUUUUUACCGACAGUUUCCGUGUCAGCGCAGAAUGACCUCGCUUGGUCGCAGUGCUUGGCCUUUGGCCUACGUUCCACAUCCAAUUCAUAGCUGCCCUCAACUAUCAAAUCUAGAAACACCUUCAGAAUGAUACUACAGAUAAGAUAAGAUAGGUUCUUGCUAAACUCUCAUUCACAUAGAGUGGAGUAGUAUUAUUUCAGGACCUCUUUUAGACAAGUGUGUCUUUAUCAGCUGUGAAAGUGUGGGUGGAAAGUGUGAUAUUAUUCGUGUACAAGGAUCUUUUGUUAAGCGAGGCUAAAGGAUGCUGGGAGGACAGGAAGGAGUCCUUCGCUUGCCCAGACAUGAAAGAGACAUGAUUGUAAACUUUGCAUGAGAGAGAGAGAGAGAGAGAGAGAGAAUUAACAAUAGGUGUAAUCGAUCAUACAAAUUCAAAUCAUGACUCUCUCUCUCUCUCUCUCUGGAGGAAGAAGCUGGCAAAUAAAAUUUUGAAAAAGUAUUUCUCCUCAGGUUCAGAUUUUUAAUAAAAGGUACUGAUUCUCAGCUGUUCUACUUUUCUUAACUUGUCGAUUUUACGAAAAAAAAAAAGUUUGUGGCGUUUGGGAAUGACUGUGAAGUACACACAGAAGGUCGCCAGUCAAAGAGGCUUCGGGUCCUUCGCGAAACUACUACUCAGAUGGCGCGGAACACUCUACAAGAUGGUGUGGCAAGAUGUUCUUGUUUAUCUCAUCCUUUACUACAGCAUCUCCCUCCUUUAUCGCUUGGCCCUCGAAGGAGACUCGAAGAAAACAUUCGAAGACCUCGUCCUGACGUGUGCCCGUUUUCGAGAUCUGAUCCCCGUAUCGUUCGUUCUGGGGUUCUACGUAUCUCUAGUCGUGGAUCGUUGGUGGGGGACAUACAAGAGUAUUCCCUGGCCGGACACGACGGCCAUUUUGGUCGCAACGUACAUCAAGGGUCAGGACCCCGAGGCUAGGCUGAUUCGCACUACGGUCCUCAGGUACGUCAACCUCGCAAUCGCCAUGACCUUCUCCAUGAUAUCUCCCGGGGUCAAAGACCGCCUGCCAACGCUCCAACACUUUGCCGGUGCAGGAUACCUGACUGACUCAGAACUGAAGAUUCUCGAGGACCUGGAAAGCCGUGUCGGGGUACACAAGGCUUACGUCCCGACUUUGUGGGCAUGCAAGCUGGUGGAGAAGGCGAGGAGGGAAGGUAGGAUACGCACGGACGGGCUUGAGAAGGUCAUCGUGGAAGCCAUACUUAACGUCAGGGGUAAAUGUGGAGAGCUUAUGGGCUGGAAUGAGCACAACAUUCCCUUGGUGUAUACACAGGUAGUGACUAUCGCCGUGUACUCCUUCUACGUGUUCUCCCUCCUGGGGGAACAAAUCCUAGACCCAUCACAGGGGUAUGAUGGCCACACCAUAGACAUCUACUUCCCGGUUUUCGGUAUUCUCCAGCUGAUGGUGUACGUUGGUUGGAUCAAGGUAGCAGAGGCUCUUCUCAAUCCAUUCGGGGAUGACGACCACGAUUUCGAGUUUAUACCACUCUUGGACAGGCAUCUAAAGAUGUCUAACCUUCUAGGGAACACGGAAGAGAGCGAAUUGCCUCCCUUCAUCCAGGAACCGCCUGGAAAUGGCACCACGACCCACAACAGUCGCCUUAUCGACUCUGGAGACUUCGUUAGAUCGACUUCCUUUCAGACGAUCGACAGCUGCAACUGAGAGGGGGAGGGGGGAGAGAAUCCGGAUCUAUUAAAGU